CAGACUCUAGUCCUGUGGCAUGCGGCAUCCGACGACUUGCUGACUUUACGGUUCGUUCUUGGAGCUUGCACACUCGUGUUUCAUCGCAUGGCAGGCCACCAAGGUUCCUGGUCAAACGGGGAAGGGUCACGUGGAUGGGCAGGUGGGCUAUUAGAGCCACGGGCUCCCAUUGUGCCCAGCAGACCACUGGCAGGUCAUCCAAGGCCACAAUGGAGAGGAAAAAGAAUGACCCAAGAACAGUGCACUCAUAGGAACAAUGUCCAGAGCACUGAGAAACCGCAAGUGUACAAAGUGGGCAUCUAUGGCUGGCGGAAACGUUGCCUUUACUUCUUUGUCCUCCUCCUCAUGAUCCUCAUCCUGGUCAACCUCGCACUCACCAUCUGGAUCCUCAAGGUCAUGAACUUUACCAUAGAUGGCAUGGGUCACUUGCGGAUCACAGAGAGGGGCCUGAAACUAGAAGGUGACUCGGAGUUCCUCAAACCUCUGUAUGCCAAAGAAAUCCAGUCCAGAACAGGCAGUCCACUUUUCCUGCAGUCAUCUAAAAACAUCUCCAUUAACAUCCUCAAUGAGAAGAAACACCCAGUCUCACAGCUAGUUGCAGGUUCUCAUGGAGUUCAUGCACGUGGCAAGAUGCUUGAAGUGAGGUCAAGUGCAGGAAAGCUGCUGUUCUCUGCUGAUGACCAGGAGGUAGUGGUGGGAGCCGAGAGGUUACGAGUGAUGGGGGCAGAGGGAGCCGUGUUCAGCAACUCAGUGGAGACCCCGCAUGUCAGAGCGGAACCCUUCAAAGAGCUGCGGCUGGAGUCUCCCACACGUGCAUUGUACAUGGAGGCUCCCAAAGGAGUGCAGAUCCAGGCUGAGGCGGGUGACAUCCAGGCCACAUGCCGGAGUGACCUGCGCCUGGAGUCAAAAGACGGAGAGAUCAUUCUGGAUGCCAAGAAAAUCAAGCUCUUACGCCUGCCCGAAGGGAAAGCCUCUUCUUCAGGAACCAGGCAGAACGUCUUUGAGGUGUGCGUUUGUCCCAGUGGGAAGCUCUUCUUAUCGCAAGCUGGAACAGGAUCCACCUGUCAGAUCAGCAACAAUGUCUGCCUCUAGACACCAUCAGACACACACAAACACACACAUGCCCCCCCCCACGACACCUACCACAAACACGAAAAGAUAUCCAUAGAUAUACAUACACGAUUGUCCACUUAUGUAAACUGCAAAUCUGAAGAGUCAAACAGAUAUUAGAACUGCAGUUCUCUUGGGACCUGCAGAGAGACACUUCAGAGUAAAAUUGGUCUGUUUUCAAAGGCAGAAACUUCUGGGUGGGACAAUUUCAAAAGCAGAAACUUUCGGUUGAUCACUGAAAUAUAACUAAAUACUUCA